AUGAGGAAAGAGGCCGCCCGAGAUCAGAGCGACCUGUUCCACCCAAGGCCGGAAACGGUGGUGCUGUCGGCUACCGAGAAGAGAGAGAUGCGGAAGUGGGGCCUCGAGGUGGAUGCCGUGGCUUGGCCGGACGGAUUCGUUCCACCCCCCUGGGUCAAGCUCUGCUCAUCAUCCGUCGAAGGGACCUUGCGAACUGCCCCGCGCUUGCUCCGUGAUCUUUCUCCUUGCCUCCAGGCCGUCGGGAACACCACGAACAAGUGGGCUAACAGGGAAAUGGCGAUAACUGCCGCGAGAGAGGAGCAAGAGUUUGUCGAAAAAUUGCGAGCGCUGUCACCGUCGGGGAAAACAAAACCGCCCAUCGCACACCACUCCUCCUCAUCAUCAUCCCUCCCAUCCCCAUCGGCGCCGCCUUGGGUUAAAGAGCUCCCCCCCGUGCGCGACGGCCGGAGGCAGUUCGCGUCUGGCGAGAUCAUCCCCUUCCUGGAGCAGCACGUGUAUCCGGAGGGGGGAGUGGCGGAGGCCAAGCGGGCACGCCGGCGAGAGAAGGAGACGUUUUUGAAGACCGUUUUCAACUCACGGCAGGCGGCCGGCGUAGGUACGGGGAGCUGGAAGAAGAGCGGUGGGAGAGGAGACGGCUGUUCAGUUGGGCGCCCUUCCGUUGGAGGUGGGGUCGGGGACGCUGCUUCAGCUGCCGCUACUGGGGUUGUUUGGCCGUUACUGGGUCUAGAUGGCGAAGUUGCCCCCGGCGCCGUCGCCGCACAGGAAAGGAUCGACCCUCCAGCGAUGGGGAGGGUACAGGAAGAGGUUGUGCCAGGCGGCAAUGUGGGGUUGCUGGCAGAUAACCCCACUCGUAUUCAACAGCAGCAGCAGCAGCAACGGCAACAAGAGCAAGCCGUGGCGGAAACGGGGGCGGGAAGGAACACGGGCGAGAGCGGGGACCACGAAGAACACAAAAUUUCUAAAGGAGACGGCGGCAGAACAACGGCAGUUGACGCCACAGGUGAAGAAGCGCCUCACAGUUCAACGGACAGCCAACAGCAGCAACAGCAGCAGCGGCAGCUGCGAAGAGCAUCAAGAGAAGGGGGAGGGGUUGAGGAGGCGGCGCGGAGCGUCGGGAAAGUCCCGAGAAAAUCGUCAAGAAAGUCAUUGUCGUCGCCGUCCCCGGCUCCGGCGGUGGCCGCGGCAUCAAAGAAGAGGGAGGCGAGGGCGGCGACAAUGUCUCCGACCGUGACUUCAUCCGUCAGCGUGCUCGAUAUCGGCGCUCUCCAGUCUUCCGAGUAG